CUGAAAAGUAUCGACCAGUACAUUUGCAAUCAGAUGUAUGUUAGCUGGAGGAGGACGCUAACUGAGAGCCUCCACACGUCCUACUUCCAGGGCCGAGUCUAUUACACACUCAAUGUGCUCAGAGAGGAUAUAGACAACCCAGACCAGCGAAUCAGUCAGGAUGCAGAGAGGUUGUGUAAGCAGAUGAGUACCAUGGCGAGUCGUUUGAUUAUAUCACCGUUCACACUGGCUUACUACACCUACCAAUGCUUUCAGAGCACCGGUUGGAUCGGUCCUGUGAGUAUCUUUGGCUACUUUGUGAUUGGGACCAUUGCCAAUAAAAUCCUCAUGGGGCCAAUUGUAUCAACUCUGUUUGAGCAAGAAAAAUUGGAGGGAGACUUCAG